UCUUACCACGUGACCAUCUUUAUAUCACGUGACUUUGUUUUUUUCCGGAUUCAUGGCUUCCCUUCUUUGAGGACAGAGUGGACAUGGCGAGAAAUGAAGAGAAACAGCAGGGACGACUGAACAGACUUUGGCUACAGAAAGAAAGACAAGAGGGGCGCCUUAAAGAUGUCCACGAGCGCCGACCUAAACUGUCUUCUCUAAAUUCAGCCUCUUCUGUGAAAAAGUGGAUCCCCAGCAUCAACAAUGAAAUCGAGUAUUUAUUGCAGCAAUCCCAGCUGACUCAUUACCCAGAGAGGAAGAUCGAAGAGUUCCAGCUGCGCAUCGAAGCCCUUCAAAAGGAACACAAGAGCUUUAUUGCCAAGCUGCGCUCCCUGGACCCCUCCUGUAAGCAGAAGCCUUGGACUCUUAGAGCUUACACUAAAAGGAGAGCAGACACACGAACUUCACCAAGCACAGCCCUGGGGUUUGAAGCCUACCAGAUAUUGAACUUAAGGGAAAAAGUCAAAGACAUGGAAAAGGUUGAACCUCAAGAAGCGGCAGAAUUUAGUGCGCCUCUGAAGCAGACUGGUUAUUUGAAAUCUGGACUUGAACUAAAGGAAGAAGAUGAAAGCAGCCGACCUGCAGCACAUGUGUUAGGGCGUAUUCAGAACUAUGGUUCAGAAAAGACGUUGCGUUGGGAGCCAAAAACAGGCCAGGCGUUCACCUCAGGAGGAGUGGUUUACCGAUUUCAAGACGGGUCCCUGCAGGUCAAUGAGACUGGAUUCUUCCAGAUUUACUCCCGAGUGGAAUUUAUUUUUAGAAAGUGCUCCCCCACUACCUCGUUUGAACACCUGGUGUUCAAAAAACAAGCCAAAAAGCCCUCCCCCACGACCCUGAUGGUGGCUCGCAGGGUGGGGUUCUGCCAUCCGCCGGAGCAGCCCUUGACCAUAGAGAGCUACCUCGGCUCGGCCCACCACCUGGAGCAAGGCGACAGAGUCUUUGUGAAUGUAUCGCAACCAAACAUUCUCAGUCACUCACAUUAUGGCAACUUCUUUGGCCUCUACAAGAUCUGAGGACAUGUCAACGGGUGAAUGAUACAUGGAAAAUGUUGCACAUCCUCCUAAUUGGCAGCUUAAUCAGAAGUUAUAGCGCUUCAGAUAAUAAAUACAUGAUGGAUUUUUAGGCAUAUUUGUGAGGAGAUUGUGCCUUUUAUUGAUUGUGUGAAGUCAGUUAACACUAAGGUGCUGAUUUAGUUGUAGCACGUGAAGUAUUUAUUUUGGUGUGGAGCUGAAAACUUGUUUGCCUGUUUUAUAUUUCUGGUAUUAUCAUGCAAAUAAAAACAUAAUUUAAGUGGAUUUGUGUUUGUUGGAGCACCAAAUGAAAAAAAAAAUGGAAACUGCAACACAUGAAUGAAGAGGUGUGACAUGUUGGAGUAGACAGAAGGGCACCCACAUACGUUUUUAACAUGACCAUUGGAAAAAAUGCACAUUAAGACACCAACUCAGAUUUUUUCUCCAGAUAGUGGUUGAAAUUUGAAUGCAUUCUUCCUUGCAGAAGUUCAAAAGAAAAUCCCCUUCUCUCUUUUUCUUUUCUGAUUGAUUACUGUUUCAUGCAAUUGUGCACAAUUAGUGCCAGUGCCGGUCUUUGCACCCCCCCCCCCUUUUUUCUUUCUCUUAAAUCAACCCUGUCAGCGCUUUGUUCAUUUUCAGUACACCACAAACCCGUAUUACUGAAGUGAGAUGGAGUGCAGGCUGAGAUGCACUCUGUGAGGGGACAAGCAGUGGCAGUUUUGACGCGUUUCCUUCCUGUGCGAGCACCGCAAGGGUCUUGCACGGAUGUAGGUGGAUUUUUGUCGAGGAGUUUAUUUCUUUGCAAAUGCAGACUUAAACUGCACACAAACGUUUGACACUCUUCUCAAGCUUAACAAGGAAAGCAUGUCACUUGGGAAUAAAUAAUAAUUUUUAUUCAGUGAGCAAUCAAGUAACAUCAUUUUGAGACAUUUAUUUAUUUAACUAGAGUAAACAAAAUGAUUGAGUCUAAGAGUCUAAUUUUUUAAGUAAAUCCAGAACUGUGUAACACAACGAUUGAUUGCCUUUGGCAUCCAUAUUCCUUUGGAGCUGCAUAUUGUCUAAGUAUUAACAGCAGUCACCACAAUGUCACCUUUUAAACUUAAAGUGGAGCAGCUAAAAGUUGCACCACCUGUGUCACCUGCUGUUGCCCACAUUUGUGCAUGUGUUGCCAAUCUUGCUGCAAGACUUCACAAGACUUUGCAUGUUGUGGUCACAUCCGUUUCAUCACAUUAGGUUCAGUCCUGAUAUUUUUUAGCUUUUAUCAACUGGUGUACAAAAGAAUUCUACCUGCAUAGUACAUAAUAGAUUCAACCCCUUGAUGCCUGAACUUAUUUCCAGCUAUGUCAAAAAAAAUAAAUCUUAUGUUUUUGCUUUCAUGUAGAUGCUAAAUAAAGAUAAGUUUGGACCAGACAUGGUUUGUGGGUAUUUCCAACAGAGGUUUUUUUUUUUGUUUUUUUAAAAAAGGUUGAAAGCGUUGGUUAAAAAGAGUAAGGACACAAGUUCUGCAAAAUCGAAAGCUUUCUGACCGCGUGUUUUAUUGACUGAUCAUGAGCCCUUUAAAAACCACAUAGUGGUUUGCAGAGAAUGAUGAGAACCUGGGCGCUCAUCAAGCACAGGGCCUGAUGGACUGUCAUAGGAAACCAUAAAGUAAGAUUUGGCAGACAGAUUAAAUGAAAGUAGCCUUGAGUGUAGACCAUGUGAUGAGGGAAUGAGCGUCUGAAACUUUCACUUAAAACACAUAACAAUAAAUACGAUCUAGGAAACAACUUUUCAAAUUGAUUUCAAUCAUCAUUAUACUUAAAAUUAAGCUGAAAAUCAUUGGGUGAAAUCUGUCACUAAAAUUGGUCAUUAAAACUAAAAAAGCAGUUUUAAAAAAAAAAA